ACAGGAGAUCUCUUGGGCAUGAGUCGAGAGAUGGCUCCUCCUGUGUACACAGAAUAAAGGCUUUGAUUCUUGAAUGCUGAUUUCGUGUCUGUAAGUAUUAUUGACUGACUUAUGGGCAUAAAUACGAUAUUUUCGUAACAAUUUUGGCACCCCAGAUGGAACUCCUUUAAAACUCAGUGCCAAAUCAGGCCGCUGUACUCCGCCAGGCUGGGGGAGUGCGCACCGGACUCUUUAGGUCUGCCCUGGGGGCCAUGAGGCACUGGACCUGAUUGGGACGCUGAUAAUUGGGGUCCCAAACCGAGAAAUCAGCUUCAGAAUAAGGGAAAAACUGCACAGUAGGGAAGAGCUGUGCCAUUCUUCAGGACACUGACUGGGGUAAGUGGUGGUUAUUGUUUGCCUUAUAUGUACAGAGGGGGGUGAAGGCAGUCGACUUUGUUCCGACUCUGUUCGACUUCACCAGAAAAGUACAUAAAUAGGCAAGACCAAAAAAACAACAACACCCCAGGUAUGAAUGGGCACUGAAGGCUCCAAGGUAGGUUAUGCUGCGGCAAUGGUUCGUAAAUAACCCUGUGUCAGGAUGUAGAUGAAUGGCCAACGUAUGGAACGAGGGUGGAAUGACCCCCUGAGGAAGAGGGUUAGUCCAGGAAGAAUAGGUUGUUUAAGUGGAUCUUUUUAAGGCCUGUGUGUGUUUUUCUUGGUUUCACUGUGGUUCUUGGUGUGUCUGUAGAUAAUAUAUGUUGAAACAUUGUUAAUAAAGAAAUUUAUCCUGGCGCUGGCGCCAUGACACAAACUUCAUGGUUAACAUGUGGAGGUUGCCAGUAGAACAUUGAGGACUGUUGUUAAAACCAAAAAGUUCCUAUAAGAAGUCUGGCAUCUCUCUCCAGGUUAAGGAAAUAGGAAUUGAGAGACCUAGAAAAAGGCAUCGUAAAUAUUGUAGAUAUAAAGUAGAUAUAAAAGUAUCACGUGAAUGCAAAGGGAACUUGUUUCAUAUAAAUAGAUGUGUGAAUAAAGAAAUGUAUAGGAAAGUUGUUUUGAAAUUGUAAAGAAUUAUCAGCCAAGGCAAAAUGUUGUCCUAAGCAGUCUGACAUCGUCCUCUGUGUAUUUGUGUUUCUCUGAAGUGUCUGUGAUUAACGUAUGUAAAAGUGUUAGAAGUAAUAUUUGUCAGGAGGAAUAAUAGUUAAAGUUGAUAGGACUGUGAUUGUGGUGGAUUUGUUAUUAUAAAGGUUUUAUAUGAGAGAAACGGAAUGACUAGACUGGGGAAAUAGGGAAAUAGUGGAUGAGGUGAUUCAAAUCACCCCUUCUCCGGUAAAAUGUAAAGGUUGCCAACGUAAUAAUAUUUUGUAAUUGUAAAUACAUUACAGGCUGUUAGGCUAGAAGGUCUACUAGAACAGAAUGUUGCCAUAAAUAGUCUGGUAAUAAGAGAGGAAGAGUGGAAUUAAUCUUUACUAUUGACAACCCAAUCCACACGGUCACAGGUGGGAAUUAGGAGCUCAGAUAAAAUAAUGCCCCUUCAGGAAACCCAAGCGAUAGAUCAGGAUGAUUGGUCGGUAUUCAAAUAUGUUCCAUUUUCCACAUUGGAUUUAUUAAACUGGACCACCCACACCCCAACCUUAAAAGAGGAUACAUCCAAAAUACAUGACCUUUUCCAGUCAAUUUUUCUAAGCCACAAUCCAACUUGGGGUGACAACCAGACAUUGUUACAAAUUUUGUUGACAGUGGAGGAAAAGGGACUUGUUGUAAGCCAAGCAAGACGGCAGGCUCAGGCCGAUAAUGAGGGAGGCAGUCCCUGCACUCAGGAGGAGGCAUGUCCUCUUAUGGCUCCUGCAUGGAACUCCCGCACGGGGCCAGGAGAAAGAUUGAUCAGGCGCCUGAUCCUUCUUGGGAUCCAAAGGGCGGUUCCUAAGACAAUCUGAGCAGGCUAUAUGAAAUACAUCAAAAACAAGAUGAGGACCCAGCCCAGUUUCUUCAUUGAAGUAUGACCACUUUUUGACAGUAUAGUGACAUGGACCCUGAUAAUCCAGUAAACUCGAGGCUCGUAAUCAGCUUCUUUGUGCAGGGGUCACGAACCCCUUUGGCCAAAGACCAAUGUGGAAAAUGUCAAGAAAGAGGACUCUGGGCCUGAGAAUGCCCCCGGGGAAACAAAAACCGAGGCCACCGCAGAGGGGAGAGACCCCCAUGGGCUCCACAGGGUGAAGAAGGUCCAAAGUAGAAGGAAUACAAGACAACAAAUAGUAAGUAGUAUGUUGUCCGAAAGAACCAUGAGCAUUCUUGGGAUUAAUGGGAUUCUGGAGACAGUGGAUCCCGGAAUAUGGGCAGAAGGCAACCGCCCUCUAUAACUCCUGGAAGUGGACCAGGGACAUGGAAAAAGCUUUUAAGGACUUACAGCCUGCUUUAAUGAAGGCUCCAGUCCUAGGACCACCCGAUGCCCGGGAGUCAGAUAGACUGCAUGUGCAUGAGAACAAGGGGGCAGCUUCAGGAAUACUCACGCAAAAACUGGGAGGUGCAUGAAGACCCAGGAGUAAAAGGAUGGCCGGCCUGUCUGAUGGAGAAACCUGAGAAAAUUGUAAUAGGGGCCACACUAGAGAUUAUAGGACCUCAUGAUGUCCCUACUGGGGGGAACAGCAUUGGGGAACAUGUUAAUUAGGUAAAUAAUAGCUCCAGGGUUGCAUGUGGAAACUCAGAAAGUGACUGCGCAAUGCCCAAUCUGUGCAAAUAACACAGUUACGGUGUGCCUCGGACUACUAAAUUGACACCUUUUGAAACCUUGUAUGGAAGACCCCUCACCUGUGGGGAAUACAGUUAAAUCAGUAGAUGUAAUUCUAGGGGAUUCAAUGGUGAAAGAAUGUUAUUGCCUUGCAGUCUGUUUUGCAUGAUCUCCACAGAUAUUCUCAAACAUACCAGCAACUCCCAUUGGAUGGCCCAGUACACCCUUUCAAGCCGGGCGACUGGGUACGAGUGAAGAAGUGGAAAUAAGAGCCAUUACAGAACUCUUGGGGCCCCGCCAGACAGGUAUUUUUGACAACACACACUGCUCUUAAAAUCGACAGGGUACCCAGAUGGACACAUGUUACACGAGUUAAGCGUGCAGUAUCACCAGUAACUGAGAGGAACCAGGGAAGAGGGUAGCGCAGGACCCUCCAACGGCAGGAGUGAAAAAUCAAGAACUCGAAGAAAAGUGGUUUUCGGGAACUGUACCGAGUUUCAACCUGAAGUUAAGGCUGGAAAGAGACUUUUAAACUGAUUGUGAAUUUUGCAUUAGGCCCCAACGGAAACAUGGGAAUGGUUGGGAUUUUGGGGUGCGGUAGGAGUAAUAUUGUCACAAUGUAUUUUGUUAUGAUGGGGCUCAUAUGUCCAAUACCAUCAAUUGGAAGGAAAGGAGAGGAAACAACAGAUAAUUCCUUCUUGCAAGCCAUUGCAGCUAUGGUCAAAGAAACUAAUUCCAGUAAAUGCUGGAUUUGGGCAAAAGGUCCCCAAGAUAGUCAGAGCACACUCCCAUUCUGGGUGAUUCCCUUUACCUCCAUCCAAAUGGCACAAACUGAGGAUAGUAAGAAUAAGACCUGGGAUUCGGAUAAGUUUUGGAUUCAGAAGACCUGGGAGGUAUGGCCCACAGACAGGAUAUGGUGUUUUGAGCGAAAAAGAGGGAAUAUAUAUGUUGGUCAAUCCCAAUGCGAGUGGACCCUGAAAUGGGUAAAAACACCCACAUGGGACCCCCCAAUAGAUUGCUCUACUCAGUCCUGGAACCAAACGUAUCUCCUCCAGAACUUUUGCAAUUGUACAGAUGAGGAUGAGAUGUACAGAGUUGCAUACAAUAGAGCUGCCAAUUGCCAAUGCCACAAACUAAGCAUGACUAGCCUGUGGACAUACAUGGAGCCCUGGACCUGCAAGGCAUUAUAAUAUGACUCAAGGCCAGUACCAGGACAACCGGCACCGGCUCAGAUGGGUGUCCAGGAAUGGCACCCACCAUCCUGGGUUUAUAAUGGCUUGGGUAGCGAAUGGCACUUGGUAUAGUGAGAAUGAGGGAGCCUGCAUAAAUGGGUCACAGCCAGUCCCUGGGGGAGAACUGAAAGAUAUGCUGUGGUGUAACACUAGCAAGAUAUAUUCCCAUUUAAGGUUUGGUUCACCUUUUGUAGCAAGUUGGUAUGAUCCCUCCCAGGGUCGCAGGAUUAGCAUGAAUGAAAAAGGAAACAGAGGUUGGGAUAAAGGGCCCUAUGAAGGAAGGGCAAAGAAGGCCCUGCACGGACAUCAUUUCAUUUGUGGAAGUAAUGCCUGGAAACAAUUACCUGCCAAUUGGUCAGGAACAUGUUAUGUAGGAGUGCUGGCAACCCCCCCCUUUGUAAAAUAAGGUGACAAUGCCUCCAUGUAUAAACCACUACAUGGGAAGGUUCCAGACAGGUGCUCUCCAGGGCACAGCAAGAAUGGGGACACACCAUAUGGACCCCCCGGGAGAUCGUAGACUAUUAUGAACCAGUCAGAUGGUCUUCAAUAGGUAUCGUGGGGGCUAGAGCCAUGACAAACGUGCUCAUCAUAAUCUGAUGAUUUCUCAGAGGAUUGAAGCAAUAACCUAUAAUCAAAUGCUUGCAAUGUAUACUCCAAUUAUACAAGAAAAGGAUCCGGAGGGUCCUUAAAAGCUUUUUGAGGGGGGAAAUAUUAGAAAUAGGCUUCAGCAAUCCCACCCAAUAUGAGUUAGUAGUUCAAUAUACUUAAGCAUGCAGUAGAAAGGCCCCCAGAAGGGCCUCAGCAGCAAACAAGGAAAUAGAAAAUAUAAAAUGCUUUUAUGUUUGCAUUAAGCUGUUGCUAUAGAACCCAGCCCACAAUAACAGCAUGAAGGACGCGGAUAAGAGAUAAGGAACAGGUGCAAAGUACGCACACGGGUGUUAAGUACACAUAGAUUGUGGGCUAGGUGCGAAGGUUACUGAGAAAUGUAUUGAUUGAAAACACCAAGAUAACUGGGACGGAAAGUCCCAAAAGGAGCAGAGAAGUGUAUGUGUUUGCAUUAGACUUUUGCCCCCACACAGGAUGUAUGCACAGGAUGUACACGUAGACAGCUAAUGGAAAAGAACAGGUACAGAACACAGAAAGGAACUGGCGAACAGCCAAAGGGCGGUGGCCAAGGGAUGUUAAUGCAGAGAAGUGGAAAAAUACCAUGAGGAGGGGGGAGUAGGUUGAAACCUAUAUAAGACUGCUUGAAUGUAACUUCGACAGGAGAUCUCUUGGGCAUGAGUCGAGAGAUGGCUCCUCCUGUGUACACAGAAUAAAGGCUUUGAUUCUUGAAUGCUGAUUUCGUGUCUGUAUAUUCAAACAGAAAACCAUGAUCUGGCACGUCUUGAAACCUCCUCUGCUAAAACGUUAAUGGACAUUGGAACUCGGAGGAUCUUCUCUUCAGAUCAUGACAUCUUUCGGGAAAGUGUGAGAAAAUUCUUCCAGGAAGCUGUGGUUCCAUAUCAUGGAGAGUGGGAGAAAGCUGGACAGGUGAGCAGAGAACUCUGGGAAAAAGCUGGACAACAGGGGUUGCUGGGUGUCAAUAUUUCAGAAGAACAUGGUGGCAUUGGAGGGGAUCUCUUCUCUGCAGCAAUCGUUUGGGAAGAGCAAAUGUAUGUUAACUGUACAGGCCCAGGAUUUAGCCUUCACUCUGAUAUUGUCAUGCCAUAUAUAGCAAACUACGGUUCAAAAGAGCAGAUUAAAAAGUUCAUUCCAGAAAUGGCAGCAGGCAAAUGUAUUGGUGCAAUAGCUAUGACAGAGCCUGGGGCUGGAAGUGAUUUACAGGGUGUGCGAACAUAUGCAAAAAAGGAUGGGAGUGACUGGAUUCUAAAUGGCAGUAAGGUAUUCAUUACUAACGGUUGGAUGAGUGAUUUAGUAAUUGUUGUGGCUGUUACAAACCGGGAGGCCCGUUCCCCUGCUCAUGGCAUUAGCCUUUUUCUAGUGGAAAAUGGAAUGAAAGGAUUUAUCAAAGGACGUAAGCUUGAGAAAAUAGGGCUUAAAGCACAGGAUACAGCGGAGCUAUUUUUUGAAGAUACCCGUCUGCCUGCCAGUGCCUUACUUGGACAGGAGAACAAAGGCUUCUAUUAUUUAAUGGCAGAGCUUCCUCAGGAAAGGCUGUUGAUUGCUGAUAUGGCAAUUGCCAGUUGUGAAUUCAUGUUUGAAGAAACAAGAAACUACGUUAAACAAAGAAAAGCUUUUGGAAAAACAAUUGCACAUUUACAGACUGUGCAGCACAAGCUAGCAGAACUGAAAACACAGAUUUGUGUAGGCCGCACAUUUUUGGACAGCUGUCUCCAACUUCACUCAGGGAAACGUCUGGACUCAGCCACUGCUUCAAUGGCAAAGUACUGGGCUUCUGAUCUCCAAAACAAUGUGGCUACUCAGUGUGUACAACUCCAUGGAGGAUGGGGAUAUAUGUGGGAGUAUCCAAUUGCAAAAUCUUUUGUAGACUCUCGUGUUCAGCCAAUCUACGGUGGUACCAAUGAAAUAAUGAAAGAGCUCAUUGCUAGAGAUAUUGUGAUCGACAAAUAGGUAUCUGGUUAUUCUGAUAGAUAGUUCCAGAUCCCAUUUCAGCUGACCUGGAAUUAAAUUGUGCCAAAAAUAAAAACAGGGAGAUGGUCUAAUUGAAGAAGAGGAAAUGGCAUUUAAAGCCUGCUUUAUAAAACAUUAGUAAUAAAGAUUACAUGUUUCUUUUGUUGAUCUCUUAAUGUUUAACAUAGAUUAAUAGUAAAUGUUUUUUUCUCUCUGAUGGUAUAACUCCAAAUAGUUGUUUGCCUUUUUGAAUCUAUGUGAUGAAUAUUUGGACAACAAGGUCACAAUUCUUUGUCAUCUAAAGAUGUUCUUUAAAACCUAAUGCAAUUUGUUCUAAUCCUAAACAUUCAAAAUUAAACAUAUCACAUGUUGGAGGAGGGCAAUUAUUUGGUUAAAGGGAAAAUAUUAACUGUGACAGCUUAUAUAAUGGAAAACUAUUUUUAAACAGUCGGAUGUGGCCUUAUUUUUUUUUUAAAGUAUACCUCUUCUGGUAAUCCGUAUGGCUAUGUUUCUGCAUAAGCACAGAAAGUAUUAAAUAUGACAGUGAAUGGGCAGUUACCUAAUAUUAACAGGUAAUUGCAAUAGAAUAUCGACAUUUAUAUGCAAUUCAAAAUUGCCUUAUUCCAACAUGUACCUAUUUUGUAUAGAACAAUAAAUGAAAUAACUUAAAUGAUAAAACAGUAA